AUGCGGUCUUGCCCACGGAUAUCCAAUCGAAAGAAAUUACAGUCUAUGAGAAAGACUGAAGCGUCACAGAUGACAAGAAGUAGCUACUCCAGUGUGGGAAGAGUCAGAGUGGAGAGAAGCAUGGCGCUUUCUUUCACGGCCUCGAAGACCACCUCGUUUGCAGCACUCCCCGUUCAAUAUCGUUUCUUGAGGAAAUCGGUAUGGGAUUCAGACAUAGAUUGGCGCUGA